AUGAUCCAUCUACUGCUGCUCAUGUGGCUGCCCCAUGCAGCCUGUGAGAUGCAGAAGGCAAAAUGCCCCUUGAAUCUGGUCCAAGAUCAAAGCAAUGCAGAGAACUAUCACAGGCCAGGGGAUCAGAUCCUCAGUGCGAUCUUGUCUACCAAAUAUGCUGUACGUGAAGACCCCUACAUCUUUUCUGCACCUCCCAUGACCAAAAUUGACAGUAAAAUGGAACGGAGACAUGUCCGGUACUGGCACAUUUUAUCUUUCCUCCUUGCCAUUCAUGAGGUCAACCAAAGUCCUGGACUCCUGCUCAACCUCACCCUAGGCUACAACAUCUAUGAGACCCACUUCCAUGGGAGAAUCACGUCAGAUGCCAUGGUGGACCUUCUUGCUGGAGGGCAGAGUAACAUUCCCAACUACAGAUGUGGACAGCAGAAGAACCCAGUGGCCUUUGUGGAAGGGGCUGAAUCUGACAUCUCGAUGCACAUUUCAGCCAUGUCUGGCAUCUACAAAAUCCCACAGGACAUCUUCAUCAAUGUCCUUAGCCAUCCACAGCCCUUCUACUAUUUCCAUGGCUCUCUUUCCUUUGUGGUGAAGACCAAGAGAAAAACAGAUUACGACUACUAUGGGCCAAUGUCAUCAGAUAUGACACAAUUUUGGCUGACGGCUUUUCACUGCUUCUAUUCCAAGCAUGGCUUAUCUGUAAAAGGUUGGACAAGAUGCAGAGAGAAGGAGAACCUGGAACUGCUGUCCCAGGAGGAGAUUGAGAGGAUCCUGUCUCAGGACAGCUACAGUAUUUACAACAGCGUCCGAGUCAUGGCCCAUGCCUUAAAUUUAGCUUAUGCAUCCCACUCCAAAAAGAUCUUGGGUGUGCAUGGAAGAGACGAGCUGGAAUGGCAAAGGAUGCAGCCAUGGCAGACAAUACCUCAAUCCAGGUGUGUUGAGAGCUGUCGUCCUGGAUCUGCCAAGAAGGUUCAGGAGGGGAAACCACCCUGCUGCUAUACCUGUGCCCCCUGUCCAGAAGGCACCAUCUCUGCUCAGGAGGAUGCAGAUCACUGUAUUGCGUGUCCAGAAGAUCACCAACAAAAUUCAGACCAGGAUCAUUGUGUGCCCAAGACCUUGACAUUCCUAUCUUACGCAGGCGCUUUAGGGAUCACCCUGGCUUCCCUUGCCUUACUCUUCUUCUUAACCACAGGCUGUGUCUUAGGAAUCUUCUUCAAAUACUUGGACACUCCAAUAGUCAAAGCCAACAACAGGGACCUCUCCUACAUUCUGCUUGUCUCUCUCCUGCUUUCCUUUCUGUCCACCUUCCUGUUCAUUGGGCAGCCAAAAAAAGUUACCUGCCUCCUCCGACAAACGGCCUUCAGCAUUAUCUUCUCAGUUGCUGUCUCUUCUGUGCUGGCCAAAACAGUCACUGUGGUGCUGGCCUUCCUGGCCACCAAGCCAGGGAACAAGGUGAGAAAGUGGCUGGGAAAAAGCUUGGCCAAUGCCAUUGUCCUUUCCUGUUCAAGUAUCCAACUGGUCAUCUGUUCCUUCUGGCUGGCCAUGGCUCCACCCUUUCCUGACUCUGACAUGAACUCCCAGCCUGGACACAUCAUUCUGCAAUGCAAUGAAGGGAUUGUCACAAUGUUCUAUGCUGCCCUGGGAUACAUGGGCUUCCUGGCUGCCAUCUGCUUCACAGUGGCUUUUGUGGCCAGAAAGCUCCCUGGGGCUUUUAACGAAGCCAAGCUGAUCACCUUCAGCAUGCUGGUCUUCUGCAGUGUCUGGGUGUCCUUUGUGCCCUCAUACCUGAGCACCAAGGGAAAGUAUAUGGUGGCAGUACAGGUCUUCUCCAUCUUGGCCUCCAGUGCUGGGUUGCUGUGCUGCAUCUUUCUUCCCAAGUGCUACAUCAUUGUCCUGAGGCCUGACCUGAAUACAAAGGAGCAUCUCAUGUUGAAAGUACAUGAAGCCAACUGA